UUCACUGACAAAUGAACGACGCACCAAGAAGGACACGCAUUACAAGUGUAUCGUAAUCGCUUUGACAAAAAAAAAAACGAUUAAAAAUAAUCGUGGAUUUUCUGCAAAAUAACUGCAAGAAAACCCGAUCUUUCUAAGACGUUCUGUGCCUCCCUAUAGGCUGAUAACGUUAUGGAUUCCUUGGCAAGGUCGACAGUAACUUCAGGUAGUGGAAUACGAGCGAAAGGCUAUCAACGUGAAGAUCAACCAUUGACUCCAACAACCAAUCAAUUCACUUCUAACUGUACCUGAGGGGCUCUAGAAGACAACCUCAUUGCCAUGGAAACGCCCCCGGGUUCCAAGAGGAGGACGGUGGUCGCACAGAUGGAGUCGCCCCGCGCAGGGGGUGUGGCUAUGCUUGUUGACGUCCUCGGCAACACAGAACCCAACACCAACCGGGGGGUGGAGCCUAAACUCAAUCUCCAACUGUCGCCAGGUGAGGCCUCCCCCCAUGUCGCCGCCGAUACCAGGAAGUUGAAUGGAGGACUUGGUAGUGGCACCUCCCCUUCCUGUCUGAGGGCUGAAUUCACAGGAAAGGAGGGAUCAUGGCAGAGUAAAGUAGGGAGUAUAGAUGUGAGCGGAGGAGGGAGAGGAGGAGGGGUAUUAAAACCACUAACAACGCCUGAGAGAGAGGAAGCUAAGAAAAGCAGGAUCCCUAUGGCUCUCUCCUUGAAGACGGACACACACACCACACACACCACACACACGACCACUACUAGCAGCGACCGAAGGCUGAGGUCUCCCAACAUCAAACACACCACGAGCCCUAAAACACACACACACCGAACCGAACACACCUGGGAUGCCAGCUCCAAAGUAGAACACUCCAGAACCUAUCACUUGUCUGCGGUGAGCUCCAAGCCCUCGGCUUCCAGAACCAUGCAGGGUUCUAAGGAUAAUCAGAAGGGUUCUAGUUCUAAAGGGCCUGCUCCACCACCCGCCCCUCUGGCCACCUCAAGUCCCAAAUGUAGAACCACCGUUGACGUGAUGCUCACAUCAACCACCUCUGACAUCAUCACAGGGGGACGAGCUUCGGACUCUGACCUGUCGAUGGGAUCACUAGGGGUCAAGGGCAACACACCCCAUAAUUCUCCAUUCCUGACCCCUGACCCCUUUGCCACGGCAACGGACAACACAGAGACGACUCUAGAAAACGCAGCUCGCCAACUGGAAUCCAAAAUGGCCGCCAAAGUCUCAGAGGGGUCGUCGACGGGGACGAUGACAUCACAGAGCGGCACCUGUCUGUCAGGAGGGGGAAUGUCCGCAGGACCUACGCUAUCCCAGAAGGCCAUGCAGCAGAGUGACACGGCGGCGACGUGCGAGGCCCUGCAGAGGGACGUCCAUCCCCCAGAGUAUCGCCGGGAUGACGGGCAUAGCCAAGACGGUUGCGCAGGCUGGUUGCUCUGGGAGACCAAGCCACCUGGAGUCCCGCUGGGAGACCCGGGUCACGUGGGAGAUGGAAAUGUCAUCGCCGUCACCGGCGGCAACAACAAUGAAGCGUCGUCAAGGGCAACGGAGAAGGGGAAGAAAGAAAUGGGAAGAAAGGAGGAGAAGGAUAAACACCAGCCUCCAGGGACCUGGAGCUCCAGAGUGCGUAAAGAGGCCGGCACCAUGACUAACCCCAGCGAGGUGAGGCGUUCCUGGGGUGAGGCCCGGAGGGAGGUGGGGGUUCAGGCUGUAGUGGAGGUGUGUGACCGCUCCGCCACUACCAGCCCCCGCCUGCUCACCCUGUCCCUACGCACUCACCGUGGCAACGCAGGGAAACAGGAAGGGGUUGCUAGUGACGGACAGAGAGACACAGACUCUCGGUCCAAUGGGCUGACAGCUGGGGUUCAGAGGGGGAGUAUCCUUGUCUGUGACCUCUGCAUGGACCAGCAGGUCAGAGGUCAGGGGUUAAAUGGAGAACUGGGGCCUUUGAUUGGUUUACAGAGCUGUCAGUCAAGGUUGGUCACACCGCAGAACCAGGAGGCGGGACUGAAUGCAGUAGCCCCGCCCCUGUGCUGCAUUCCUAUUGGCCUAGCCCCAUUCCAACACAUCUGUCAGAUAGACAUCGAGCUCUGCAGCCAAUCAGAGCACCCGAACAGUGAAGAUAAGCUGCCGACCACCAAUGAGGAGCUGCCGCCCGGUGUCACCAACGACAACCAACAGAAACCAUCCGAGACCCACAGCAAAGCUAAAACCAGACAGACAGAAAAUUCAGGUACCAAGACUAGCCACAAACACAGAACCCACUCCUCUCCUUCCCACUCCUCCUCUCACAGGACCCACAGACACAAACCAGGCUCGGGCAGAGACAAACAGGAACCGGGGUUGGAUUGGAACCAGACUGGAUCGGACCUGUUCCGGCCAGACCCAGGGAAGAGUACCAUCAAACUGACUGCGGAGAAUCCAGAACGAGCUGGUGACCCCGAACAGGAGAGGAAGGACUCUGGGCCGGUGCAGAACGUGGUUUGGGACGAACAAGGGAUGACCUGGGAGGUGUACGGCGCGUCGGUGGAUCUAGAGAGUCUGGGGUUCGCCAUCCAGUCACACCUGCAGUGUAAGAUCCGAGAGCACGAGAAACGCAUCGGAACACUACGGAAGUCUGUCUCCCUAGAGGUUCCCUCUCCGGGAGCGAAGAAGUGGAAGGAGAAGAAGAAGAGGAGCGUUAUCCGGUCAAUAUGCCGACCGGGAUGCUGCAGGAAACCUCCCGCAUCGCCCGCAGGGAAGUGAUAGAGUCUCGGAAUGUUUGGAAUGUUUACAGACGAAACAUUCUAGAACGUUCUGAAUCUAGAUUGUAGAUCCGUUCUAGAACAUCACCCGCCGGGAAGUGAGAGAAUUUUCAGGAAUGUUCGAGGGCAUUCCAGAAUGUUCACGGAUGGAUAUUCUAGAACAACAUUAUAGUCACAGGAGGUUGGUGGCCCUCUAAUUGGGGAGGACGGGGCUAGUUGGUGGAAUGGUAUCAAAUACACCAAACACCUGGUUUCCAUGGUUUCCAUGUUGUUUGCUGCCAUUCCAUUGACUCUUUCCCUGCCUCCAUUAUUAUGAUGCUCCUCCCCCUCGGCAGCCUCAAUUAUUAUGAUGCUCCUCCCCCUCGGCAGCAUCCAUUAAUAUGAUGCUCCUCCCCCUCGGCAGCCUCCAUUAUUAUGAUGCUC